GGGACAAGAAAAAAGGAGGAAGGAGGAGAUUUGGGGCUACUUGGGAGUGUGGUUGAAGGCAAAAUUACAAACCAAAUCCUCCGUCCAUACAACAUACGCUAUUUCUCUUCAUUUCGCUUGACCUCAUUAUGUCCUCCCAAACACAGACUUCGUAGAAAACAUCCUAAAUCCCUCAUCUUUCUUGGUUUCUCAGAAAGGAAAAAACGGAGGAGAAGAGGCUGAGGGAGUGUCUUCCAGGGUGGUGGAAUAUGAUGGUGUUUUCUACUACUAGAUGGAAAUUUGAAGAAAAUUUGGGCUUCCCCAAGGGAGUAUCUGUGAAGCAAAUGGGCAUCCAGGGCUCAUGUAAGAUCCUAUCUUUGCACCAAGCUCUGUUUUCUUCAUUCUGCCUGUUCUCUGCCCUGCGGUGACGGCGGGUGGUGGUGGUGGUGGUGGUGGUGGUGAUAUUGGCGGGACGGCUCAAUCUCUUAAUAGUAGUACUAUUAUAUAAUUAUUUUUCCAUCUCUCUUUUUACUGCUUAAUUACUUUUUCUUUAGCUUGAUAAUGUUGACAAAGCAAACGGCAAUGUUGGCCCCCUUUGAUCUUUUCUUGUUAGUCACACUAACUUGCUCUUUUGGUUUACUUGGUUUUGUGCCUUUGCUUUCUUAGUCAAGCAACAUUGAGGUUUAGCCAAAUUAUGGGGUAAUUAGGGAGGAAAAGAAGCUAUUAGUGAAUAAUGUAAAUUAGGAAAAUUUUUGAGGGUUUCUUAAUUUCUCUAUUAAUAUUAAAGAUGUAGGCUUCAAUGCUCUACACCUGUACCCUGUAAUUUCUUCCUGUACAUCUUCUAGGGAAAUGUGUGAGCUUUUUGCUGUAGUCAGUGUUUUAUAUUCUCUCUCCAAAAAAAAAAAAACAUGUAUACAAAACUUGAAGAAAUGUUUAUUAGGUAAAGAAAUUUGUUCUUGAGAUUUUCUUUCUAUGAAAAUUUCUUAUGGGUAUGCUUCUAUUCUUGUGGGUUUUUAUUCCUUCUGACGGUGUGUUUGUGGGUUUUUUUGGGAAUUUUAUCAUGUGGGUUCUGGGUGAGGUGACCAAUGCAACAAGAAGAGCUACAGGGAUCACACUGAAACAGGUGGUGUGGCGUGCACUAGAUUUCUGGCAAAAAAAAAAAAAAAAGGGACCUAGAUUUGGACACAGUGCACUUAAUUAGCACAUAGACAUAGGCUAUGCAGCUGCUGCCCUAUAUUUUAUUAUAAGAACUGAGCAAGAAAAACAGAGGCAAAGACACGAAAGUUAAGGUCUGAGUGUGAGGAAGUGUGUGAGUGUUCAUGGAAGCGUACUGUUCUCAUGGUGCGCCGUACGGCACCGGCUAUUUGGGGUUUCUUCCUCUUGGUUUUUUGUAUGCACGUGAAACUUAAUUGUUUUG